AUGUCCGCGCACACCCUCGCGGGCGUCGCCCCGUGCUCCGUCCGCGCUCCCUCCUCGCGGACGACGCCGCGCCGCGGCCGCCGUGCCGCGUCCGUCGCGACGCGCGCGGGAGGAAAGCCCGGCGAGAACGGCGAGCCGUACGUCGCGACGAACGUCUUCGUCGUCCCGGACGGCGACGCCGCGGUCGUGAAGCGCCUGAAAGACGAGAUGGCGUCGCGGCAGACCGCGAUGAAAGCCGCCCCCGGGUUCGUUUCCUGCGACUUUCACCCGGGGCCCGGGGUGAACGAGCACACGUUCAAGCAGCAGUGGAGCACGAAGCAGGCGUACGAGGAUUACAUGAACACGCCGGAGCGGCGGCGAUCGCACCUCGCCGCGGGGGUGUAUCAGUACCUCCCGAAGGACAAGUGGUCCGUCCCGGAAAAUUUCACCCCGCUGUUGCCGAAGAAGUGA